AUGAAUGGCCUAGAUGUGUGUUACACUUGUGGUGGUACAGGACAUUUUUCUAGCAGUUGUCCUUAUAGUCAGGGAAGAAAAGCCCCUGCUUAUAUUACUUGCUUCUUGUGUGGUGAGAAAGGGCAUUAUGCCAACAGUUGUCCCCAUAAAAGACAAGUUACGCUUCCAGCACCACCCACUAGACUAGCGAUUGAACCAGCCCCGAAGCGCCAGGCAGUUGGAAAGCAAGUGAAUGCUUUAGAGUUAGGAAAGCCCGAACCACAACAGCCCCAUCAGGGACCAAUCACAGGAACAUUGCAUGUUGGUGGAGUUUAUGUGCAUGUUCUCUUCGACUCGGGUGCCACACAUAGCUUUGUGAUACCCGAGGUAGUAUGGAGUUUUAAGGGAAUCUUUACUAGAGUAAAGGUAGGUGUUUCAGUUAGAACCCCUGGGAACCAUAACUUUCAUGUUGAUAGUUGUGUACUUGGGAUUCCAAUAUAUGUGGGAUCAACGGUAUAUCCGGCAGACCUGCUAGUUGUUCCUUUAGGACAACACGAAGUGAUUUUGGGCAUGGACUGGCUGUCGAGAUACUACGCACAGUUGGAUUGUGGACGAGGAAGAAUUACACUUGAAGAAAGAGGAAAACCAUCAACGACAUACUAUGGAAUAUGUCCAAGUGCUGGAGUGUCACUUGUAUCUGCCUUAAGAGUUGAGAAAGAUUUGAUCGAGGGCGAGGUAUAUCUUGUAACUCUAACUACCCUUGGAGGAGAAUUGAAAGAAGGGACAAAGUUGGAAGAGAUAGCUGUAGUAAAAAUAUACCAGGAUGUAUUCCAGCCAUUGGAAGGAUUGCCCCCACCACAAAGUGUUCCUUUCACCAUUAGAUUAGAGCCGGGAGCAGCCCCAAUAGCAAAGGCACCUUAUCGAAUAGUUCCAGCUGAGCUUGCUGAAUUAAAGAAGCAGUUGGAAGAUUUGAUAGAAAAAUGA